AUGUACACCACCCUGUGUCGUGCCGUGACUGAUCGAGGCUCAACGCUGAAACGUGCAGAUCGAACAAUCAAUAAGCAAAGUAUCUCAUUUUCUAAAAUCCUGAAAAAUAUUGAGCAUAAAAUGACUGUGAUUGACUUAUCAUGA